AUGAUAACUGGCACACAGAUCCGUAGAAAUGGAGGAAGAGGCGUGGCAUUAGAUGACCACACAGGAGGAAGAGGCGUGGCAUUAGAUGACCACACAGGAGGAAGAGGCGUGGCAUUAGAUGACCACACAGGAGGAAGAGGCGUGGCAUUAGAUGACCACACAGGAGGAAGAGGCGUGGCAUUAGAUGACCACACAGGAGGAAGAGGCGUGGCAUUAGAUGACCACACAGGAAGAAGAGGCGUGGCAUUAGAUGACCACACAGGAAAAAGAGGCGUGGCAUUAGAUGACCACACAGGAAAAAGAGGCGUGGCAUUAGAUGACCACACAGGAAAAAGAGGCGUGGCAUUAGAUGACCACACAGGAAAAAGAGGCGUGGCAUUAGAUGACCACACAGGAAAAAGAGGCGUGGCAUUAGAUGACCACACAGGAGGAGGAGGCGUGGCUUUAGAUAACCACACAGGAGGAGGAGGCGUGGCUUUAGAUAACCACACAGGAGGAGGAGGCGUGGCUUUAGAUAACCACACAGGAGGAGGAGGCGUGGCUUUAGAUAACCACACAGGAGGAGGAGGCGUGGCUUUAGAUAACCACACAGGAGGAGGAGGCGUGGCUUUAGAUAACCACACAGGAGGAGGAGGCGUGGCUUUAGAUAACCACACAGGAGGAGGAGGCGUGGCUUUAGAUAACCACACAGGAGGAGGAGGCGUGGCUUUAGAUAACCACACAGGAGGAGGAGGCGUGGCUUUAGAUAACCACACAGGAGGAGGAGGCGUGGCUUUAGAUAACCACACAGGAGGAGGAGGCGUGGCUUUAGAUAACCACACAGGAGGAGGAGGCGUGGCUUUAGAUAACCACACAGGAGGAGGAGGCGUGGCUUUAGAUAACCACACAGGAGGAGGAGGCGUGGCUUUAGAUAACCACACAGGAGGAGGAGGCGUGGCUUUAGAUAACCACACAGGAGGAGGAGGCGUGGCUUUAGAUAACCACACAGGAGGAGGAGGCGUGGCUUUAGAUAACCACACAGGAGGAGGAGGCGUGGCUUUAGAUAACCACACAGGAGGAGGAGGCGUGGCUUUAGAUAACCACACAGGAGGAGGAGGCGUGGCUUCAGAUAACCACACAGGAGGAAGAGGUGUACUGAUAAUGUGCUGUCAAUGCUAA